GUGGCAAUCAGACCGUUUGACACGUUUAUUGAUUAUCUGAGGGUGCGACCAACAAUUUCCUGCUUGGCAGGUGAUUGUGUAUUGAGAUUUCAGACCGAAAUUUAUACUUUUCUCAGUUUUUACGGGACCGAUUUUUUUUGUUUUUUCACUUCACGAAUCGGUCUGAAAAGUCAAAAAUCGGUCCAAAACCGACAACAAAUUUCCGAAGCCCAGUCUACUAUGAAGAAUUCAAGAGUGCUAAAAUCCAAUUUAGGAAACAUGGUUGCAAGAGUUAUCUACUCAUGGAACUAAUUUAAAAACUCAGACUAUGGGACAAUUAUUUACAUCUAAAAGACUAAACAUCUCUCUUUGUACACAGUUUAAAAAAACUGAUAAAAUAAAGACUGGCAUUUAGAAUGUGUCUUUAUUGAAAUAAUCAUUUCAUUCCAGGUAUAUUAUUCAUUUAAACAACUGGUUAUGUCAAAUGUAACUAGGCAGUGGCAAGAGGCCAUGUAAUGGCACCACUAGACCUGGAAUCUAGGGGUCCACUUACCAGACCUGUAAACAACCCAUACAGAGCUGUCUAAAGGUCUGGUGAUCAAUAUGAAUACUGAAAAUGAUAUCUGAAGAGUGGAGACUAUAAUGCAGAAUUGUAUUAAGCCUUUUAUCUCCUACUUCAGAAGAGCAUUUACAAUGGAGAAGUUCCUUGCAUCAAGUCGCAAAGCCAGUGAUCUAUUGGCCAGUAAAGUUGGUCCCGGCGGGAUUUUGCAAGACAGUAAAGUAAGCGGCGAUCUCUGUUCGCAGUACAAGUUGGCAACAUUGUUGUUGAUCAGUGGACACACAGCCAAAUCUCACAGACUACUUGACCAUAUCAAAAGGGAUUUUAUGCAGGAAGACGGGGAUCUGAUAUCAUUCCCAGAGAAAAGUGACAGAGGAAGGAAAAGCGCAAGUUUUCCGAUGUCACAUUUUUGGACGUAUAUGAAUGCCUGGAUCGCUAUUGGUGCUCACAGAAUGGGAAGGUUUGAUAUAUCAUUCCCUGCCUUCAACUUUUGUAAGACUUUCUUCCACCCAGAGUAUCAGUUAGUCUGUGUCACUGAGGGGCUUGCUGAUGUUAAUGAUGAAUCAACCAUGGAUUGCUUGUCGACAGCUCACUUUGGAUUACUGUGUCUAUAUAUGGGAGAUUUAGAAAGAGCGAAGGAGUGUGGAGAGGGCUUGUUAAAAUUGAUGGCGGCACAACCAAAUUUUGAGAAGGAAGUGCUUUUGCGGAUGUCUGUGAAAACUGGUACCCUUUUAGAAAACCCACCUGUGAAUAUGGAACCAUUCUAUAUAGUGAAAAGAGAUUCUCCAAAUCAGCUAUACUUUUUCCUUGGUUACCAUGGAAUUUUCAUGGUGAAGUUAUUCCAGACGACAAAAGAUCAGAAAUUUUUGGAAAGUGCAAAAGCAGUUAUAGACUUUUCUCUGACGUGUCACGAAAGUAUCUGUAUUUUUAGUUUUAGCCACACAGUGGCGUAUGCUGCAGCACUUUUGGCAGUUGAAACCAAAGAAGUGAAGUAUCGCAGAUUUGCUAUUGGGAUUGGAGAGUAUUUAAUCUCUAUUCAAACUAAAGAAGGUUUUUUCUGUAAAGAAAUGGAUCUGAUAGAUAGAUAUGAUCAGACAGCAGAAAUAGCAAUUUGGUUACAAGAACUAAACAAUGAACUGAAAAAAAUUGUUAGUUGAUACCAAGCACAAAGAUAUAUUUAUUUUUAACUCAAGUAACUGAAAUUUUUCUAAUAGUUGAACUUUUGUUGCCAAAGUCUUUCAUCAGCCUAUGCAUUAAAGUUUUGCAUGUAAGCUGGCAUUUUUAACCUUCACAAAUAUAUUCAGCAUCAAGAGAUGACUUCACAAGACAAGUUACAUGACUCUAGUUUUUAUUACCUCAUGGAUCACACAGUGACAGGGUGAGCUUUUGUGAUCGCAUUUUGUUCGUCGUCUGUCGGUCCGCUCACAAUAUUUGUGGACAUGAUAGAGACCACAUUUUGCAAUCAGUCUUAAUCGAACAUGCACACAACUUGUAUUGGCGUAAUUUCUUGGUUCCUUUCUAAAACUGGCCAGAUCCCAUUGUGUGUUUCCGAGUUUCGGCCUCUUAAAGGGCCAAAAUGUGCUAUUUUGGUUUGUGAACACGAUAGAGACUGCAUUUUGUAAUGGAUUUAAAUCAAACUUGCACACAACUUGUAUUGACAUAAUAUCUUGGAUUCUUUCGAAAACUGGCCAGAUCCCACCAUGGCUUCCAGAGUUAUGGCCCCGUAAAAAGCAAAAAUUUGCUAUUUUGGCAUUUGCAGCAAUAUAGAGGCUUCAUUUAUAGUUUGAUUUGAUACAAAUUUGCAAAAUAUCUUUAGCAACAAUAUAUCUUGGAUUCCAUGAUGAAUCUGUCAGAUCCAAUAUUAGGUUCUGGAGUUAUGGCCCUUGAAAGAGCCAAAAUUUGUUAAUUUUUACCUUGUGAACAUGAAAGAAGUGACAUUUUACAUUCGGUUUUAACCACACUUACACACACAAUAAGAUCUCGGUUCCUUUCGAAAACUGGCUAGAUUCCAUCAUGGGUUCUAGAGCUACUGCUCCUAAAUGGGGGCACAAUUUUCUGUUUUGACUCUUUCAGCCAUAUAGAGGAUUCAUUUAUACUUUGAUUCAAGAGAAAACCAUGUUGUUUAAAUUCUAUUACUUUCCUUAUGUAAACAUGUAAUCUUCUUAAAUAUCUUUGAUUUACAUUUGCUAUUUUGAAUUGUAAUCCCUUUCAUGUCUUUGAUUUACUUUUGUUGAUUUGUGUUACUGUAUAUUAUGUACAUUUGAGGCUCAAAGGGAAGACUGGGUAUACCCGUGUUGCCUCGUUAAAUAAAAAACUUUUAUUAUUAUUGUUAUUAUUAUAGUCUUGCACAGAAUGUUUAUCUUGAUGAGCUCUAAGCGAGUUCGAAACUGGGUCAUGUGGGGUCAAAAACUAGGUCACCUGCUCAAAUCAAAGGUAAAGCUUGUUUAUACUCUGUGGGUCAUAUUAAUAAUUCUGUCUUCAUGAAAUUUGGUAAGAAUGUUUAUCUUGACGAUUCCCAUGCCAGGUUUGAAACUGGGUCAUGUGGGGUCAAAAACUAGGUCACAAAUCAAAGGAAAAGCUUGUUAACACUGUAGAGGUCACAUUUAUGACCCCAUCUUCAUGAAACUUGAUUAGAAUGUUUAUUUGGACGAUUCCAAGGUAAAGUUUAACAGGUGAACGAUAUAGAGUCGUCUUGACCCUCUUGUUUUGUUAUAAUAUUCCUUUUUAGCUUGACUGUGACUGCAUCCUUCUGCAUCCAUACCUUAGUUAAAGUUCUGAUGCUUUUUCUCCCUGUAAUUCCUUGAUUAAUUUGCUUCAAAUAGUUAUACCUCAUCAUCACCCUGAUCAUAUGACAUAGGUCUGUACCUCUGACACAUUUAUCUAGAAUUUUAGGUUAGGCCUAAUUUUGAUUUAUUUUCACAUCAUCUCUGUUAUUUUAGAAGGGAUUUGAUUCAAACUUGAACUAAUUGUUCCACAUCAUUUGACACAAGAGCCAUAACUCUGGCACCAAUAUUUAAUGAAUUAUCCCCCUUUUUACUUAAAAUUUCAGGUUAAAGUUUUGAUGCACUUGCACUCUAUCUUUGUUGUUAUCAAUUGGAUUUGAUUAAAACUUAAAAUAGU